UUAUUCUUCAAAAAAUCGACACGCACGUACAUCUUUAAUGAAGUUUAACUUAAUAAAAACUAGACGUUGUAUUAAAGAUACUCUAAAAAUUAAAAACUAAAACGGAUUACGCGAGUUUAACAAGGUAAACAACGACAAAAUUAUCAUUUAAAAGGAAACACCCUUCUCCACCACCUCUCUAUCAGCCAAAGACAUUUGGAGUCUUACUUUUAUGUUCAUUGAUAUAAAGGGUGAAAAUUCUCCCCUUGGACACGCCUACCUAGGCUCGUCCCAUCGGACGUCACCAUCGUCGACAGUGUUAUUACCAUCAUGACGGAAUCCAGGGUGGCCGUUCGCCGGCCGUUGUCGCCUAGAAGAUUCUUUGCCAUGCUUUACGAGACCGACUCGGCAGAUACCAUUCACAAAGACCAAGAAACUUGGGGUGAUGGAUCACAAAUAUUUAUCCGUCCACAGUGCGACCUCAAUCAGACAUCCGACGAGAAUCCUAAGAAAAGGCCACGGCGUCCACUAAAGUUUUGUCUACCCCAAAGACCAACGACAGUGGCACCUUUUUUGACCGAACACCCGUUUGCUGCCGGACUGACGGCGUUCUUGGAAAGAAAACGUAGAAAAGAAGGGCGUGGGCCGAGGCGCCAGAGAACCACAUUCAGCCCCGAGCAGACAUUAGCAUUAGAAAUGGAGUACAAAAAAAAUGAGUACGUUUCACGAAAUAAAAGAUCCGAUUUGGCUGACACUUUGGAUUUAUCAGAAACUCAAGUCAAAAUUUGGUUCCAAAACCGAAGGGCUAAAGAUAAGAGACUAGAAAAAACACAUUAUGACUUACAGAUUAGAUGUUCCAGCACACGGCAUUCAUUUUACCUAAUAUCUAUCAGACUUUUCAUUCGACUUGAACUAAUCCUUUAUUUCUCCGAGCGUUAUUUUGUUUUAGAAUUAUCUUUUAUUGUACACCUUUGUAUAUAAACUAUGUAUAGGAAAUAUAUUGAACAUUUUGAACUGUGUACAAAUUAUAGAUCUAGUCCGAUAAAUUUUAAUU